GUGUGGUGGGGGCGCUGCGUGAUGGGAAAGUGCCGGCUGAGCCGCACACUUUCUCCCCGGUUUGUAACUUUCGGGUCUGGGAUGUAUCAAUAAAGCCCGGUGCUAGGACCAAGAAGGGGUGCGUGUUUGCAGCGGCUGGGCUGCUUGCUGGAGAACUUCCCGCCAGCGCCGGGUAGCCGGGCCAAGUAGGGAGCGGACAGGCGGGCGGGCAGGUGGCCCCGGGCCGCCGCGCCCGCGCCUUGGCUCUGCCCCCUGGAGCCAAGCGAGCCUCUGCUCCCUCGUGGUGCGAGGGCGGUGAUGUUUUUCCUCCCACCCACUUUUGAGUCCCCCCUCCCCCUUCGCGCGCACUCAAGUUCUCGCCACAACCUGCGAGCCCCAGACCUCGGAGGAGCGCCCCAGGGAGCUCAGAGCUUGUGCAAGCGUGGCAGCAGGAGGAGGCCAGUGCCCAGCUUUAGUCCACCGCUCCUCUCCUUGGAGCCCCUGAAUUGCAUUUUGCAGUAGCUCGAAGGAGAAAAAAGUAGAAGAUGGAUGGCAUGAAAUACAUCAUUUCCUUAUUUUUCAUCUUUGUUUUCCUAGAAGGAAGCAAAACAGAACAAGUAAAACACUCAGACACAUAUUGCGUGUUUCAAGACAAGAAGUAUAGAGUGGGUGAGAAAUGGCAUCCCUACCUGGAACCGUAUGGACUGGUUUACUGUGUGAACUGCAUCUGCUCUGAGAAUGGGAAUGUGCUUUGCAGCCGAGUCAGAUGUCCAAGUCUUCAUUGCCUUUCACCCGUGCAUAUUCCUCAUCUCUGUUGCCCCCGCUGCCCAGACUCCUUACCACCAGUGAACAAUAAGGUGACCAGCAAGUCAUGCGAAUACAAUGGAACCACUUACCAACAUGGAGAACUGUUCAUAGCUGAAGGGCUCUUUCAGAACCGGCAACCCAAUCAGUGCAGUCAGUGUAGCUGCUCGGAGGGGAAUGUAUACUGUGGUCUCAAGACUUGCCCCAAACUGACCUGUGCAUUCCCAGUCUCUGUUCCAGAUUCUUGCUGCCGAGUAUGCAGAGGGGAUGCAGAAUUAUCGUGGGAACAUGCGGAUGGUGAUAUCUUCCGGCAACCUGCCAACAGAGAAGCAAGACAUUCUUACCUCCGUUCCCCCUACGAUCCUCCACCAAACAGACAAGCUGGAGGUCUUCCCCGCUUUCCUGGGAGCAGAAGUCACCGGGGAGCUGUUAUAGAUUCCCAGCAAGCAUCCGGGACCAUCGUGCAGAUUGUCAUCAAUAACAAGCACAAACAUGGACAAGUGUGUGUUUCCAAUGGAAAGACCUACUCUCAUGGAGAGUCCUGGCACCCAAAUCUACGAGCAUUUGGCAUUGUGGAAUGUGUACUAUGCACUUGUAAUGUCACCAAGCAAGAAUGUAAGAAAAUCCACUGCCCCAAUCGAUACCCCUGCAAGUAUCCUCAAAAAAUAGAUGGAAAGUGCUGCAAGGUGUGCCCAGGUAAAAAGGCAAAAGGUGCAUUGGCUGGAGGCCCUGCCUUUGGUUGAAUGAGAUUCACACAUAGUCCUAUUCAGUCUUCUUUGUUCAUCAAAACUAUAAAUGACCUGUCUUAUAGUUCUAACGAUAAUAGUUCUAGCAAGAAUGAACUUCAUCCUUUCGUCUUCUGAGACACUGAUGGUUGCUUUGAAGGAAUUAACUACUCAGAGUUUCUUUUGUCUACAAUGUCAAACACAUGCCAAGUUGCUUAUCUUGUUCUUGCUUUUCUAAAUUAGAGAGUUUACGUUAUCACUGUUUUAGAAAAAGUCACACCUUUCAUGGUUUAAAUCACCAACUCACUUCAAGACAUAAUCCAGUACUCUUUUCAGAUGAGAUAUAAAUGAGUUACAGUGGAGAGAAAUUAGAUUCUGAUCCAAAUGCAUCAAAUCCACAAGUAUCUUACCCCAUGUGAACAUUUUAAAGUUUAUUACUGUGUUCCACAUUGCUAUUUUAAUUUGCAAUUUCUUUUUAAAUUUUCUGAGAUAUUGUAUCUGUAUAUACUUAUGGGGUACAGUAUGUUAAUUCAAUACAAAUAUACAAGGUAUAAUUGUCAAAUCAGGGUAAUUAUCAUUCUCUCUCCUCUGAUUUUAUCCCUAGACUCUUCUAGUCAUUUUAAAAUUUAUCAUCAAUUGGGUUUUUGAUAUGGUAACUCCACUGUGCUAAAGAAACCAUUCAUUCUAAUGGCAUUUUAGGAUCUACUAUCUAACCUCUAUCUCCCCUUCAUCACCUUUCAACUCUAAAAUCCUAUAAUUAUAUUAUUUCUUCAUUAAUUACAAGAACAGUAAAGUAUAUAAACUGACUUUGCCAGAGUCAUGAAACAAAUUGAUAAGACAAUCAAGAUGUCAAACCCAGGUCACUUCCAGCCCAUUGUCUUUUCUACUUGAAAAUGUUGCUGAUCUAUUCUAAACACAAAUUAUUAAAAUGGUGGUUUUUAAGACAUGAGCUACAUAAAAACAUUACCCUCUCUACUAUUGGCAUUGUAACUUCGGCUUGCUACAGCUUUCCCAUGUGAUCUAGAACAAACACCUUCACCUUUAUGAGCCUCCAUUUCUUUUUCUUCCAAAUGAGAUGUUAAAGCAAGUGACUUCCUACAGCCACCACCCCAAUCCCAGAAUUCCACUAUCACUAAAUUAGCCAUUCCUAGGCACAUGAAUUUAUCAUUUCUUAGGCCUUCUGAAAAGAAUUUAUGUAAAUACAAAUGAAAAACAAACACUUUUUAAAAUGGAGGUGGAUUUAUCUCUUCCAUUAAGCAUUCACUCCUGCCUAGCAGUCAAGCAUGCAUUUAGUGUAAAUACAUGAGUAUCUUCAUGUGAGCCAAUGAUUCCUGAGAUUGUCUGUACAUUGGAAUCCCCAGGAAGGUUCUAAUAGUACCUGUGCCUCAUCUCCAAGAGAUUGCAGUCUAAUUGAUUUGGAUUGUGGCAUGGGCUUGGACCCCCUUUUUUAGUGCCCCCUUUUAUAGUGCCUCCUUUGAUGGCAGAAAAGUUUGAGAACAAUUGCUGUCUACUCGCAGUGGCUCAUGGUCUUGUCCUUUAAAAUGUGGUUUGUGGACCAGCAGCACCUAAGAGAUCAUUAUAAAAGCUGACUCUCAGGUCUCCACCUGCUCUGCAUCCACAUCAGCAGUUAAGAUCGUCAAGUGAUUCUACUUGAAGUAUAUUAAAGUUUGGGAAGUAAAGAUUUAAGAUAACUCUAAUGGCCUUCAUCUCCCAUGGUGAAAGUCACAGGGACAGGAUGUGGAUAUAUAAAGGAUAAGGGCUAACUAAUAGUAGAGAAAUCAGCAUACUAAAAUUCAGGUGGAAGCAUGCUUAUUAGGGGUAGGCAGGAGCAUAUUCUAGGAAUGAUAUGGAUAUCAGGGCCACCCAAACAUUGUGACUUAUUGACACUUCAAAGUCUGUGAUCUCAUUUAGUCCAUAAAUCUUUAUGUCAGUUGCAAUCCCCAAUCUCUUGGGCCAAAGGGUUAACAUUUACACUUAAAGGAUAAUCUAUGGUAAAAGAAAAAAAUCAAUAAUUACCUACAUACUGAAGAUAAGGUAUUCCAAUUUGAUUCUUUUAUUUUCAGACAAAAAUCUCAUUUCACACUGUACUUGGGAUUUUAUUCGUAUGAGUAUUUGAAAUAAAUGGAGAAAAUUGGAACUGAGCAUGCAUUAGUUUAAAAAAUAAUUUCCCUCUCCAGUUGGCUGUGUUUUUAAAGCAUCCAGAUAAGCAACUCCACCUCUGAGAAAGUAAAUGGAGACACAUAAAGGUCUAAAAACCAGGAUUUCUUGGUGCAGUGUUAUUUAUAAUAGUGAAAACUUAACAAUGGUCAGAAAAUUCACUCAUAAGGGAAUGGCUAAAUUAUGGUAUAAGUGCACUGUGGAAAAUUUUGCAGACAUUAAAGUCAUUGAAGACUAAGACUGCUGACGUGGAAAUACUAAGUUAAAAAGCAAGCUACAAAAAUAUGUAUAUUAUAAUUAAUUUUUGUGUUUAAGAAGGAGUUUGUCUGUGUUUAGAUUUUUUUUCAAAGCCUGGAAGGGACUAUGACAGAAUGUUUACAGAGAUCAUCUUUGGAUAACUGACUUAUUAAGUAUUCCUAUUUUCUUCUUUCACUUGUAUUUUUAAAUUUUCAAUAGUAAACAUGUAUUACUUUCAUCACUUGAAAACAUAAUAAAAGUUGUUGUUUUAAAAACCACCUUCCAGAA